GGGCGGGGUUAAGAUGUGUAUACGUAGACAUCUGCACUGCUUUUUAUUCUUCCUUUCGAGCAUUGUUUUACUCUGAACUAGGGUGGUACAUUAGUGAGCCCCAAUAACCGCAUAUAUAACUCACACACGUAUCUAUUUGUAAUAAAAUAUACCCUACUUAUUUGGAAGAUGGUCGCAAAACAGAGGAUUCGUAUGGCCAACGAAAAACACAGCAAGAACAUAACACAAAGAGGCAACGUAGCCAAGUCCACGAGGAACCCUCAGGAUGAUAAAGUGGCAGUGGGACCCUGGCUGUUGGCGCUCUUCAUUUUUGUUGUGUGUGGUUCAGCUAUCUUCCAGAUCAUUCAGAGCAUUCGAAUGGGCAUGUAGGACUGCAUAGAAAUAGUAACGCAUCCAUUCCACUUCGUUUUCCGUCCAACCAAGGAACAUCUGUCUUCUUUGACCUCCCAUUAUCCUUCAAUCGACAUUCUCAGUGUUCUCAAGUUGCACAAAGCUAUGCCAAGGACGAUGGGCCACUGUCUUGCACUUUUAGUGUCAUUUUGUUCUUAAUUUUUCUUGUUUUGCCAUUUCUAUAUUAUUUUUAUUUCUCUUACUUUUAGCAAGAUCUGUCAAGUCAUUCCUUUCUUGUGCCUUAAAUGAUAGAGGUUAACAUUUUCCAGAACAAAAGAAAAGCCAUAAAAACUGCAUUUUUAUUGUGGAUUUUCUGAAAUAAGGUGAUGUGUUCUGUCAGUCUCAGGUUGGCCAUCUUGUGGAAUUGUGAGCAUUUGGGUGGUCCUUUCUGGAAGUCUUAUUUGCCACCACUUUGUUGUAAUUUCAGUGGAAUAUGAAUUGUUUCCUCUUAAUUUCAUGUAUUGAAAACAUUUUUAAAUGUUUCCUUUGGUCAGAAUGGAACGAUGUUUAGCCACACAAGCCUAAAUGGAAGAUCGGAAGUCAGAUAUGAUUCCUGCCAAAAGAAUAAUUCAAUAGUAGAAACAACUAGUAUGUAAUAAUAAGCAGUCCUACUUUUCUUAAUUUUGUGGUUAGCUUUCUUAAUUUACUUUUUUAAUAUAUUAAUUGGUCCUGCCUAUUCUUGAGGCUUUGGGAUUGUUGUUUGGUCCACGGUCCGUUGAAUAUGGGUCAGUAAAAGUCUGAUGUGGUCUUCAUAUUUGAUAGUUGAUCUUAUGUUUUAUGUCCUCAAGAGAGCUGAAAUGGUUUAAUGCUCAAGCUUACUAGAUGUAAUUUUCUUCGCUAAACCAGUGUUUAGAUGUGAAGAAUAAGGGAAGGAUGUAAAUGACCAAAUGGUUGUUUUACUUUGAAUGAACUAUGCUGGGUAUAUAAGAGAGGAAUCAAUAAAAUAUUGGUACAUUA